AUGCUUUUGUGUAAAACAACUUUUCAGCAGCGCUUUCCUGACGAUUGUUGCCGUAUUUUUCCAACUCAGCAGAAACUUUUUGAAUUUCUGGAUGACCGAAAGCCCAUGGGUACAGAGUCAUUUAUAUGGCUUCCUUUUUCUAUUGAGUUUCCUUCUGAACUCGAUGUCAGUCAAUGCUUGUCACGCCGUAUCAGCACUGGGACAUUAUUUAAGAAAACAAGACCAAUAGACAGAAACGAUACGUCAAACGGAAAGCGGAAUAAUUUACAAGUUGUUCGAGAAGACUAUUGUCUUCUUUACGGAGAAACACCGUUAUCCAAACAGAGUCGCAUGUUUUUGGCCGCUACGAUCAACGGGAUCCGGUUAAUUAUUCAGACUAUUAAUCCUCUUCAGCUUCAUUUGUACGAGGUUAUACGUGAAUCUACUCCUUGUCAUCUCUACUUUGAUGUAGAAUGCUCCGGUAAUUAUGUAUGCCGUCAGGAAGAAAUUGAGUUAGAUUCCUUCAGUGAUGUCGAUGAGGCGAGAGACGAUGAGGUUGUUAUCUGUCCUGAGCGUAAAAAUGAUAUUCUGGUCGCUUCUAUUUUAUUAAAUGGCAUUCCUCAAAUUUACAGGGCUCCCGUUUCAGAGUAUGAGAAGCUUCUCCGAUCUUCAAGCAUUCCAACGCGUUUUUGUCCUCUCACCUGUACCAUACUUCCAGACGGAAUGCACACCGAAGAGGUUUUACUCGCUGAGCUCCGGGCUUUCAUCGUGAAGCAUUAUCCCUUUUUGGAGACCAGGGACUGCCCCAAGCAAACUCCGUCCUUUAUUGAAUCCAUUGCUCACACUGUUUUUGUGAUGCGUUCUGCGUCUUUGGUUACUGAUACGCGAACGGUGCAGAAGUUCUCGCAACAUUACGUUGUAAAUCUGCAUCGACACAUUUUUGAAAGCAACGCAUCGGUAGGGGAGUUUGUGAAGCAGUUCGUCGAGCAUCUUCAGACACGGUGCGGAGAAAGCCCCGAGGUGCACCAAGCACUAUUUUACCACGGCGCGCCGGUUGUUGAGAAUCUGAUGGGUGGCUUAACGGAGACCCAGCUCUGUCUGUCCUUGCCGUUUUUCCCCCGUAGAUGCAUCAUUGACACCGCUGUGUAUACUCGCAACCGUAUGAUGCGUUGCCUAGGUAGCUGCAAGCUUCAGAAAGACAGUGUGCUGAAAUUAGAGUCUGUAGUACGAAAUGGCAAACUCGUUAAUUUUGAGACCAACUCGCCAUUUGAAAAUUUUAUUUCAACCUUGAUAGUUGCUUAUGACUGGAAUUCCCCCUUGGCAGUUGACAAAAGAAGCCUUCUCCAUAUUGAGGGGCAAGACCACCCAAUGAAAAAUGCCCUUAUGAAGCUUGAUAUAACAAAAUGCGCCAAAUAUAAGAAUUCUAUUGCCCCCUCCUAUUGCUGUAAUGAAUUUGACCACGUGUUCGCUUCGAGCUCUAUAAGUCAGAUCGAGACAUGUUACAGUGAUAUAUGUGGAUGUAAGUGUUUUAUCACGUCCAUAGUGCGCAUAGAUGAGCGCAACCUGAUUCUUUCACUUGGUGGGACGCGUUACUGUCAAAACGUUAUGCGUGAACACAAAUCUAAUAAUAUCUAUCUCGUUGUUAAUCUUAUAAAGAAAACCUGGGUUCAGAAAUGCCAUGAUCCUGACUGCUCACAUUACCGUUCACAGCCUAUCAAUUUUUAA